AUGAUGACAAGUCUAUAUUACAUUAUCAUUGUUGUGCUGUUUGCCUUGACUUGCCAAACAUAUGCUGCUUCGAUUCCUACUUAUCCAAUUUUUCCCAAACAAGCACAAUUCACUAUUGAAAGUAUUGUAUUUGAUGCUCAAGAUGAUCGUAAUCUUACUGAAUAUAUCUACGAUUACGAUUACAAUCGUCUUACUGUUAUUACACAAAAGACAAUCGAAUAUUACAAUUAUAAAUGGUUACAAAAAGCUGUUUAUUCACUAACAGAUCGAUCAGAAUGUAAUGUCUAUCCAAUUGAUAUGAAUAAUUCAGCUGAUGGUUUUUCUGCUAUAACAGAUACUAGUACAAAUAAAACUCAUAUUCGAUCAUUGCAAGAUUUUUUAUUAUUAACAUCCAAUGCUACAUAUCUUGGAGAUACAAUUCUACGUGGUUUCAUUCAUGUUGAACAAUGGAUUGCAUCUAUUUCGAUCGAUACUGAAAUUAUUUUCUCAUUUGCAAAAGCCUCGUAUGCAAUGCCUUGGAAUAAUUUUCACUAUUCGAUUCCUGUACAACGUAUUCUACGACGUAAGAGUGAUGGUUCAUCAUUACAAACUGAUAAUUUUUUUGACUAUCGAGUUAAUAUUAGUAGUACUCCAGUAGCACCACCAAAAGGUAUCUAUUGUAAAGAUUGGGUACCUUUUUAUGAAUGGGCAAGUGGAUCCGAUCUUGGAAUUCAAUUUUCUCAAGUAUUCAGUGUUCGUAUUGAUAUUUCAACUUCAAUCGAACAACUUUGGCGUUCCAUACAUCUUCGGUAUCAUAAAUCGAAUGAUCAUCAAUUAGUACGUUAUGAUUAUACGCCUAAUGAUCUCAUUCGAAAUCCUGUUUCGAUCAUUUUUGACUAUGCAGACUCAUCAUUGCUAGGUUAUACAAUUGAUCGUCGAACAGGCUCGUGUAGAAUCGAACAAGCAGUCAACAUGAUAUUAUCAGAUUCAAUUCUUCAUGAACCAAUGGUAACAUUGAUUAACUACGAAGAUUUUCUUCUUAAUCCAACUGAUCAAAUUUUUCAAUAUGUUGGUAUUCGUCCGUGUCGUAGUUCUACAAUGUGUUCUGUUUUUAUCAAACAAGAACAUGUAUUUCCAUCGGAUCCGAAUGAAGAUUGGUUGGUAACAAAUAUUGAAUAUUCUUGGUCAAAACGACAAAACAAUGAUAGUAUGAAUGGCAACAAUGAUAAUAAAUAUUUUUUCGAUUAUCCUGUUGAACUUUAUUUUAAAUUGUAUCGAAGAGACGAUGGAAUACCAGCCGAUGUUUCUUUUCAAUUUUAUGACUAUCGUACAGAUGUAUAUUUAAAUGAAUUUGAUAUACACUUAUGUUAUAGAUCGAAUCAACUCUUAUACAAUCAUUUAGCAUUUCAACUCAAACUUAUCAAUAGAACUACAGUAGAUGAUAUAGAAAAUGUUAUUGUUAACAGACGUCAUCUUGUCGAAAACAUUCGCGAACAAAUGAUUUCUCUAAUGGAAAUUAAAUAUCUGCGCAUCUCACAAGUUGAACUCGAUCAUCAUACCAAAGAAUCAGGUCACAAUGAAACAUUUUAUUGUAUUUUUACUUUACUCGAUCGAACACCAUACAUCGAUGAGACUUCAGAAGUUGGAUUAGUUGAUGCUCAAAUGAAACUUGAACGUGGCAUCAAUGAAGGUAAAUUCAGAGUUGUUACCAUUGAAGGAUACUACUUCGAAGCUAUACCAUAUUCACUUGAAAAUGUUGAACAUUUUUAUCCAUUUAAUCCAAAUGUUAGUGUCAAUGAAAUACAAUUGAUUAAUAAUAUGACAACGAUCAUAGAACGAGAAGAAAUAUAUGAGCAAAUUAAAUAUUCUAGUAAAUCACAAGCACUUGCUAUCGUGGGUGGGAUGUUGACCGGAUUCAUAUUUGGUACUUUAUUCCUGAUUAGUGUUUUUCAUAUGGUGAAGAAAAAAAGUCAAAUAACUGGUGGUAUCACUUAUAAUAAUAUUAGUUUUCGUUUAAAUAAAAAUCGACAAGAAAAAGAUGAACCAAAAAUUACAAUGGAACAUCCUAUGUCUGUUCGAAAUGAGACAGAUAGUUAA